UCUCAAAGUGUGUAAAACCGCGGACAUAAAAAUAAAUAAAUAUUAUAGGACAUUUUACACAAAUUGACUAACACAUGUAAUUCCAUUGGAUCGGAGCGAGGCAGCGGAGCGGAAUUGGAUUGAGUUCUAAAAACUAAAACUCGAAUCCAAACACACCACUGACAGAUCAGUAUAAUAUUGGAAUGACCGAACAUUCUCUUCACAAGUCAAAAGUCCACACCUCGAGUUUGGCAGAAUCCACCUUGCUAAAAUUACUCCUAAUUUUAGUCCUCCGACUAAAACCCAUUUAUGGAGAAAAAAAAAUUGUAAUGAGAUUUAAUAACUAAAACUCGAAUUGGCCUGUCACAUGAGUGCACCUGUAGCGAACUAAGCUUCACGGAGCAGUAUCCUGAAGCGGGCUCACCGCCGGCGGCGGCGGCCGACCCGUCUCUCGCCAGUCUGUCGGCGCGGCGUCGCGCGGCGGUCGUCUCACGCCUCACGCCUGCCCAUACCCUGCACGUUUUCCAACUCGUCGCUAAACUUUCAUAAACUUCUCAAAGACUAUACAAGUAGCUGUUUGGCGCGUUGAAGUGUGGCUAUGGGUGUUACGACGACUUUUGUAAAGUUCCCGAAAGUGGAGUGAACGAAAGAUUAAAGGUUUAUCUUUGUUUUGAUGGUUGGUUAGGUGGCGGGUAAACAAUAGGAUUUAUAGUCUUUUGUGGGUUUCUAACUUACAAUAUAGCAGUCGAAGAUUACGCAGUUUAAUGCUCUGUAUGUCUAUACAAACAUACUAAUGGACAUGCAUAAUUAGCUCACGUCAAUCAAGCGACUGACUUAGGUAAACUUAGCGCGCUAAUUGUAAACCGUAGGCCGUACUACGUAACUAUACAUAUUUAGCAAUUGCUUUUCCCCAGAUCAGUAUGCCUUAAGAGUAAACAUUUUCAAAAUAAGCAAGGUACACAAAGUCGACCCUUUAGGGUAGUGAAUUGACUUAGGAUCUCUUAUUAGCUAGGAAAUACGUGCCAAAGCUUAGUUCAGCUCAGAUUAGUCAGAUUAUAGUAAAGUGACCAUUGUAAGAUAUUAAAAAUUAUACGAUUAACUUUGCCGAUAAUUCCCAGCUGCGAUCCCACUAUGAAACUGUGAAAUUUCAGACAGUGUGAGACCGGCUAUAGUCCGGUAGUUUACACCAUGAGUGUUACAAGGACGUGUUGAAUCGUGCUGUGUAGUGCAGUGUUUAUGUGUGUGAGUUUAUGCGUCGCAAGCGGCGAUGGCGGCGCGCCGGCUCGUGCUCAACGGGCUCACGGCGGAGGUGGAGGGCGAGGGCGUGGGCGUGGUGGUGGGGGGCGAGGGGCAGUCGCCGGACUCGCUGGAGUUCUACCACGAGCUGGAACUGUACCGCCAGCUGCUGGCGCUGCCCGCUGAGCCGAGACGUGCGCGCACGCCGGACCCCAGGCCCACUAAGAGCCCAGAACCAACGCCUCCGCGGCGUAGCCGCACACCGUGCGCUCGCGUCUCCGCUUCAGCGCCAGUCUCCUCGCCCGCUUCCGCACCCGCGGCCACGCCCGUGUCCGCCCCCGCUCCCGCCCCCGCCCCGCGCGCUGCUACACCGGCGCCUGCGAUGGGACACAGUCGCCCGGCUCAGUACCUGGGUUCAUUCCCGGCGUGCGGCGGCGAGCGCGCGCUCUCCGACCAGUUGCUGCUCAUGAAGGAUAGCGAAUGUGCGGUCCCGGUUCUGAUCGUGAUUGUGCCAUCUGGGGUCAAAAUAUGCGAUCCCGAAGAUCAGAGUGUGCGCAUGUAUCACGCGCUACGCCGUAUCUCGUUCGCGACGUGUGAGAGCGCGCGCUCGCUGUUCGCGUUCGUUGCACGCGAGCGUGCCGCGUCGCGCGCCGAACCGUUCGGCGAACACGCCGAGCCCGCGCCGAGGCACUACUGCCACGCCUUCAGGACUGAGACGCCCGAAAAGGCAGAAGAACUGAACUCGCUGGUGGGAGAUGCGUUCCGAAUGGCGUUCGCGUCGCAGCUGCAGCCCUCCGCGCCGCUUUGGAGCGCGGAGCUGAGCGGCGGCGAGUGCGUGCGCGCGCCUGACUCGCUGCCGGGCCUCACACACCACUACCCGCGCUCCAGAGACAGAUCGCCAUCGAAAUGCGACAUAAUGGGCAUGCAGCACGAGGCCAGCCCCACCAGCUCGGAGGAGUCGAAUUCCCCCACGGAGAUCAACUGCUACCGCCGACUGGGGGAGCGCGCGCCGCUCAUGAAGAGACUCAUGGGUCUGAGCGGAGCGCUGCUGCAGCCGUCGGAUGAUGACUCCACGCCGCUAGUCGCUGACACUCCAACCACCCCAACCAACCUGCCGCUAUGCAUGAACGGCUACGUGAACGAGGCCUCCGAGGCCGAGGCCCGUAGCCGUGAUACUCGCGAGUCCAAUCGGGAGCUCACGCCAAGACAUGAUAGCUUGCAGAACCUUGAGGAGUUUACCAAAACUAAUCAUAUCAAGAACGGGAGCGGAUCCGCAGGUUGCAGCGCAGCAACGUCGUCAUCUUCAGGAGCGUCAUCGUGUGGUGGGUCACAUGGCUCCGGUAAUAAUAACGUGCCGAGAGCGGAGCCUGAACUACGACAUGCACCAUGGUUCCAAGCAGGGAUACCGAGAGAGAUAGCGCUAGAAGUGCUAAGCAACCAGCCGGUAGGCGCGUUCAUGGUGCGCUGUAGCACCACGCAGACCGGCUGCUUUGCGUUGUCCGUACGUGUCCCGCGCGACUUCCAGCCCUCAGGCAUCGCGCACUACCUCAUCCUUAGGACGCCUAAAGGAUACAAGAUCAAGGGCUUCACAAAGGAGUUCACCUCGCUGUCGGCGCUCGUGACGCACCACAGCGUGAUGCCGGAGCUGCUGCCGUGCCCGCUGCGCCUGGCGCGCCGCGUCGCGCCGCCGCGCGCGCCGCGCGAGCUGGACGCCGCGCCGCGCGCGCCGCGGCACCUGCCGCUCCGGCCGCAGCUGGACGUAUAGCAUACUGUUGACCUCCUGGCCAACACGCUGGAGUAUCUAUAGAGGUCUGAUCUUUGUUAGUCGACGCUCGCUGGACUAUUAGUGUCUGAACGACGUGAAGCGCACUGAAGGUGAUUUCCAUCGAUCGUUUUACACGCUACGUGGAGUCAGUGCUUCGUUGUGUGCGAAUUGAUUUUCUGGACAAUAUGGACGUGUAGGUAGGUGUGGUACCGAAAGAUUAGAGUGAACGUCAGUUUGUCGAAUGAAAUAUUUGAUCUCCGGCAUCUCAAAUGUUUUUAAAAUUUCAUAUGUAGCAGCUUGUGCACAUCACUUCACGUUAAAGACAUUAUAGUAUGGUGCGUACGUGAGUGAAUGGAAAUAGAAAAUCACUACAAUAAUUGUAUUUUUUUAUGUGGAAACCAACUGAUGUGAUUUUGACCCAGUAGCCAGUUGAUACUGGUAUGCAACUGGGUUGUAUUGUUAGUCUAAAAUGUUAAAAUUUUAACCUGUGGUAAAGCUUGACAAGAUUCUAUUUGGUCCUGAGCCUUAAAUAUUUUUAACAAUCCAUAACUCCCCCGGGGACAAUACAUGCCUUUGUCCUCCAGUAUAAAAUAAGAUAUUUUUCGAGCAAGGGCGAUACAAAAUAAAUUGAUACCACUUCAAUUCCGCAACAUGACGAAGGCCAAAUAAAACCUUGUUAAGAGUUUAAACGAGUAACACAAAUAUCAUCUUAUCCUGUAUAGAAACUGCGAUGUCAUGUAGUUUCCAUACCUGUUGUGGCUUGUCGUCGUCCGUCUGUCUCAACCCUAAACGACGGAAACAUUUAAUUAGUCAUUUUAAAGUCAUUAAAUUAUAUAACAUGGGUGGCUCUUUUGAGAAGUUGCAACAAUUUCUAUUGUAUGUGUUCACGAAUGAAGGCACUCUUUAUACGAUUACUAUCUAUGUAUAAUAAUAACAUUAAUAACAUAUAAUUAAUUAUCUUAAAUACAUAAUUGAGUCAAUGAUGAAUAUCAUUUGUUAAUGAAUUUAUUUUAAAACUGUUUUAGCAAUAGGGAAUAUUACACAGACUCUGCGUAGGGGGCGCCAAUACCACAAUUCAUCACAAACGAAAAUCGAAAUUUCGUUAUCUAACCUCUCUAUCACUCAUACAUAUCGUCGCUAUACUUACUCAACCUGGUAUUUAUAUAUUAGAUACGUAUAUCUGAUACGAGUUGGAGUAAGUAUAGCGACGAUAUUCGACCGAUGAAGAGGCAGAUAACUAAAUUUCGAGUUUUGCGUUUCCCUGUAGGCCCUAUGUAAACAAACCGCCUUGAUGCAUCAAUGUCAUAUUUUAUUAUCUGUGAAAACUUGUCAAACGACAGUUUAGACACGGUAUGUAUAAGUUACUGUAUA